AUGGCGGCAACCAGCUUUCAGAGGAAGACACGUGCGAAAGUUUUACAAAUUCCUGGGUCUAAGCCUUCGUUAUACAAUAAUCAGUUGCUUGUGUCAAGCGGAGUCCCAUCAUUAGAUAGCAUUAUAGGUGGAGGGCUUGCUGUUGGAUCGGUUUUCCUCAUAGAGGAGGAUAAUUUUGGGAACUAUGGAAGACUUCUGUUAAAGUACUUUUGUGCUGAGGCAGUGAUGACUGGUCACUCUCUACUGCUGUCUAGUGCUGACCAGUGUCCAGACCAAAUCACCCAGGAGUUGCCUGCCCCUAUUAUUGAUGAUCCAGGAUCUGUGAUGACCACACCAGAGGAAGAUGGGUCAGAAAAAAUGUCAAUAGCUUGGCGAUAUCAACACCUGCCAAAAUUUCAGUCCAAUCCAUCUACUAUUAAAUUUGGUCACUAUUAUGACCUGACCAAAGUAAUGGAUCCCGACCUGGUCAGUAGCUGCAACCGUACAUGUAUCGGUCAAGUUGACCUGGAGAAAUGUGAUUCAAACAAUGUAAUGAACCCAAGAUAUAGAUAUUUACUGAAAACCAUUAAGGAGAAAAUUGACAGUGGAGGUUUUUCUACUGCUCAAGCUCAAGAGAAAAGGAAUAUUCUACGCAUUGGUAUUCAUUCUCUUGGAUCACCGCAGUGGGGAGAAAGUGGUGGCUUUUGUGACAACCAUGAAGAUUUUGAUUAUUCUCUGCCUCGCUUCCUUUUGGCUUUAAGAUCAAUUCUCAGGACAGCAUUCUCUGUGUGUAUGAUCACCAUACCCACACACCUGUUCCAGAGUGCUGCAUUCGUGAGUCGUCUGGAGAGAUUAUGCGAUACUGUUGUUCACUUGGAAAGUUUUGCUGGAUCUGACAAAGAAAAGAACCCAGCUUACAAGGAAUAUCAUGGUUUGUUCCACAUCCACAAACUGCCAAGACUCAAUACUCUAACUAGCCAUAUGCCAGACACUAUGGACUUCGCCUUCAAAUUAAGAAGGAAAAAAUUUACUAUAGAGAAACUACACUUGCCUCCAGAGUUAUCAGACACAGCAAGUCGACCACAAGAAGAUGCAAUACCAAAUCUCCGUCCUGGUGUAUUGUCCUGUGGCACCACUGGAUCUAAGAACAAACUUGAUUUCUGAGACAGUUGAACUGGACAUUAUCACCGAACCCCUGAUGUUUGCUCGAAGUUCAUCAUUAUGCUGCCCUUCACUUGACAUCUAAAGACAGUAAAGACUUUCGCGAAGUUAGUGACGUUUCAUAAUGCUGAAUUGAACACUCACCUGGUAUUUAAAUAACUAACUAGUCCAUUAGGUCUGCCUCAAUUUAAUGGAUGGGCUUAUCACAGAAUCAGUCUACUGAACAACAACAGAUGUGUGCCGGCUUAUUGAAGGACAAUCUGUAAAGGUGUAUUAAAAGUAGUUUCAGUAUUAAUGGUAAUUUUACUACAUGUAGGUUUUCGUUCAAUUUCAUGCAUGACAAAAAAUGCUUUUUUUGGAGAAAAAUUCACAAAAGUGGAAAAAAAUCUUUAAGAUA